AUGGACAAUUACUUUAAGGCCUAUUAUAAGAAGGGUAACGUAAUACUUCCUCUGAUCCGCAAGCCUCCUCUAUACCUCUCUUACCUCUUUACGGGCAAUAACCCGCUUUAUCGGGCCUUCCGGAUAAAUAUCCGGGUAUAUAAUUAUGCUUUUGCCUUUACGUUAAUUAGCUAUAAGAAGAAUACCCGGAUUAACUUCUCCCGUAGGAUCUAGUACUUUUAGAUCUAUAGCAAGCUCUUCUACUUCCAAGGCCCGCUAUAGCCCGCUUUAUA